CUGUGUACCAAACGUUAGCGAUUUUGGACGGGCCGCAAGGACUUGACGACGACGGACGAUGCGCUUGACCGCCGAAGUGAUCUUAAACGCCCGCGCCCACAUCAACCCGCUCCGGGAGCGCGAGCUGGACCUCCGAGGCUACAAGAUCCCUGUUAUCGAGAGCCUCGGCGCGACCAAGGAUGGCUUCGACUGCCUCGACUUCUCGGACAAUGAGAUCAAGAAGCUCGAGAACUUUCCUCGCCUGCGCCGCGUGCGUAUGCUCCUCUUCCACAACAACAAGAUUGCGCGCAUCCAGGAGAACCUUGUCGAGGCGCUCCCGAACCUCUCGGUGCUCCUGAUGACCAACAACAGCCUCGCCAACCUCACAGACAUUGACGCGCUCCGCUGCUUUGACAAGUUGGAUACGUUGUCGUUGAUCGGGAACCCCGUCACGCGCAAGACGUACUACCGCGAGUACGUCAUCCAUACGCUUCCGCAGGUCCGCGUCCUCGAUUUCAAGAAAAUCCGGCCCGUCGAACGGACAGAAGCUGCCCGGCUAUUCAACUCGCUCGCCGGCAAGAAGAUUGCGGACGGCGAAGCGGCGCCAGAGCCGACGCCAUCGUCGCCGCCGCGCCCAUCCGUCACGGAACUCCAAGCGGCAAUCGUGAACGCGACGUCGCUCGCGGAAGUCGAGCGUUUGGAGGAGCAAGUGAAGGAGGCUCUGUCGCCUCCGCCUGCGUCGCCGCCUCAGGAAACGGCCCCGUCGCCGAAGAAGACGCCGUCGCCCAAGCGUGAGGUCGUCGCGUCCCCGAAGCGCGAAGUUGCAUCGCCGCCCAAGAUGGCGUCACCCAAGAAGUCGCCCGCCCCGUCGAAGGCCGCCAGCGGCUCUGUGGCAUCGAUGAAGGUUACGGAGCUCAAGGAAGAGCUGAAGAAGCGUGGCCUCUCGUUCAAGGGCCUGAAAGCGGAGCUCGUUGCGCGCCUCGAGGAGAGCAUGUCGCACGACAUGGAAAUGUGAGCGCCGAUUCUCUAGUGCUAACGGCGGUAUAAGCAAGCUUGUAUUGAUGCGA